AGCCAUUUGACCUUUUCUAAAGUGAGUGUGGCCACUUGAUGAUGGAGCCGCCUGCAGGGCUUCCUAAGUCUUGCAGCGUGCGAGGAUGUACUGGCAGCAUGGUGAAAGCAGCUUGGAGCUCUCGACAUGAAGCUUGGCUCUCGAGUUGCGAUGGCUACUUCAACCUCACGGUUUCCGGGCGACCCCGGGGAUCCCAUCAUCACUGUGUGUACGUGGAUGACCGGUGGCAAAGCACCACAAAGCUGAAGUUCUUUUUGGAGCAGAAGCGUGCAGCGCUGAAGCUGCCGGAGUUGGAUGUGAAGGAUGACAGCAGCAAUAUGGUCCCCCCACCUGCUUCGGAAGAGGUGCCUGAGAAAGAGAUUUCCAAGACCGUGCCCGCUGCGGACAUUGUGAGCAAUGCGAAGCAGGAGGGCCCUUCGACCGAAAACAAACCCAGUUGCACCAGCGAAGCUUCAGACAAAGCAGUGCCACACCAGGUCAUAGCCACACCCACGAAGACUUGCAGGAAGCGUCCCUUGUCAUUGCCCGAGUCCACUGAGAAGACUUCUCCGCCAGGAUCAUUAAGCCCAGAGACCUUUCAUCGGCUCACUCGGUUGAAAGCCCAGCUUGGGAGCCAGCAGGGUAACCCUGGUCGCAUAGAGCACAGCAAGGCUCUCGACUGUUGUUUCUGCAAGCGUGCGAAGCACUCCUGCGCUUGGCAGUACCGCGUGACCGAUGUGAAGCCUCAGAAAACGGUGGUGACAGGAAGCCAGUGCUAUUGUUGUGUGAGGGCUUGCUUGAAGUUAGGAUGUGGAAGGAACAUCCGAGCAUGUUCCAAUACUCCAGGUCUUUUAGCUAAGAUCCAAGCCAAGUCGGCUGAGAUCGCUGAAUCACUCCAUGGUUCAGGCGGUGAUGUUUGUAAGUGUCACUCUUGCACGGGUCCGAAGACUCGCUUGAAUAAGAAGACGCAAGUGCCUGUUUAGACGACUUUCAAAGCACUAGCUGCCUGCGGGGAAGCUGGCCGCUUGUGUGG